AGUGUUUUUAAAAGUCUACAAUGAUAAUCGUUUCUGAUGACUGGCUCUCGAUUAGAUAGUAACUACCAAUAAAUACCUAUCCACGGUCUUGUGAUCUUCAGUCACUUCGAACAGUGAAACGAGCAGCACAUACCAAAAAGCAAAAAUGGCAAUCCUCACCUAUGUAUGGUCACUUUUUGUCGCAGUAUACGUCUUCGCGGUGUUCUUCAUCGCCGAUUCGAUGCAAUCAUCAUAUGUACCCUGUAGUUCCGGUCCAUCCCCUGUGAGCGUAGAGAUCUUGGGAUGUUCCUCUUUGCCCUGCAAUUUGGUGAGAGGAACGAACGUUGAAGCUAACGUUGUCUUCAAAGCUGUCGAGGAUGUAAACUCCCUGAAGCCAGUAGUAGAUGUCCAACUUGGAAGUGGUCAUAUCCCAUACUUAUUACCGGUACAAGAUGCCUGCAAGUGUCUUACAAGUGGAAAGUGUCCAUUGCAGAAAGGACAAUUAGCUACCUACCGAUUGGUAAUGCCCGUUGAAAAGAGCUACCCAAGGAUCUCUCUGACUAUCCAACUGUCUUUGGUUAAUGAACAAAACAAAUCCCAAGUAUGCUUCAAGAUCCCAGCGAAGGUUAUCGACUGAACUAUUUGACGGACUACGAUUGAAAUCAUUCUUCGAUUCGAUGACACAUUUAUGUUUCUCUUAAAUUGUUAUAUUAAGCAUUAAAUAUAUUGUAAGAAUCAAA